AUGGCAACCAAACAACAACAAUCAGCUCCGACGCCUACACGGCCGAGGAGCACAAAUGGAGUCAUCAAAGGAACGAAAGCCGGUACGGGGGAUGAGAGGAUAGUUGUCAUUGUUUUUGGCCAAGGUCAAGAUAAAAUCGUUCCUGUUUUCGCAGAUGUACUUGGAAAACCAUAUCGAAUGGCCACCAACUUUUCGUCGGUUAGAAAUGAGGAUCAUGGAACUGUUAUAGGAAUAGCUGCAGGGGAUGCAAAGGUUGAUAUUGAUUCCCGGAAUCGCUCGUUGAUUGUCGCUAUUAAUGCGCAUUGUGUGGCUUUGGGGAUGCCACCUGAUCUGAAUUUAUCGGCUUCAACAGAUUAUGAAUUUCUUUACACUGAGACACCAUUUUUUCGAAGAGAUCUUUCACGAUUUAUCUCAUUCAUUUUGGGUCAAAUAAGUCAUCACGAAGCACUCAUUACGAAGCCAAGGACUUAUUUCAUAUCGACCACAUUUCCAGAUGUUCGGACGGCAUUGUCUAAUUUGGAUAUUCUUUCUGUUGGAUCGGAUGCAGUAGAAAUUCGUGUUGAUUUACUAAAGGAAGGUUUAACUGACGGAACUUUCAAUUCUGUGCCAAGUUUGAGUUAUGUUGGUGAGCAAGUUAUGCUGUUGAGACAGCGUACAGAAUUACCGAUAAUCUUCACGACAAGAUGUACAAAAGAGAAUGGUCGAUUUCCCAUGGACAAUCCAGAACUUUAUUACGAGUACCUUUACCGAGCUAUACAGUGGGGAUGCGAAUAUGUCGAUGUCGAGGUUUGGUUACCAGAGGAUAUUAGAAGAAGAUUGUUUGAGCAAAGAGGAAACAGUAAGAUCAUUUCAGCAUUCCAUGAUUUCUCCGGAACAUUCAAGUGGCCAUCAAUCCAGGCUCAAAACAUCUUUCAAGAGAGCCGAAAGUAUGGAGAUAUAGUCAAGAUGAUUACGAUUAUCAAUACAAUGUCGGAGAAUUACGAACUGGAAUACUUUCGUUCACAGAUAAAGGCCAAUAACCCCGAUGGUCCUCCGUUAUCUGCUGUCAACAUGGGACAACUCGGACAAUUAUCUCGAGCUCUCAAUACCGUCUUCUCGCCCAUCACACAUCCUCUUCUGCCUAUCGUCGCUGCACCUGGUCAAUUGAGUGCCGCGGAAAUCAAUGGCGCUCUAGCAACCAUGGGUCAACUCCCAAAGAAGAACAUCUACGCUAUCGCAUACAAAGAUCGAGCUGCUAUUAUCUUGUCGAGUAACGGAGAAGAUGCCGCGUCGGUUAUAUUUGCACUGAGGAGUCUUAAUAUUGGAAAGAUCUAUACGGUUGGAUUCAAGGCACAUGGACCAUUGGCGACUGGUGUCGAACCCUUCACUUCUGUGGAGAGUGUUACCAAAUCCGACACUCCAUUUGUGAUAAUCUCAGCAUUACCACCGGAGAAGACUCAUUUAGUACAACCUCUUCUAAGAUAUUUCAGUAAUGGAAGAGACUCUCGAGGGCAAGGAAAGGUCUUUGUUGACCUUGCCAAUGGACCAAGAAAAGGAGAUCCAAUAGGUGUUGCCGAAGGAUGUGGAUGGACGGCUUAUGGCGUUGCUGAUACGACUGCCUUCACAACGGUGGAGACUUUGAGAUUAUUGGUGGGACAGAACGUUCCAUAUAGUUUUCGUGCCCGUACUUCAAAGAAUGAACAGGACGUUGUAGAUGAGACUGGAAUGAGAAUGGUUCAAUUGGUUAGGCCAUGGCUUUUUGCCUUUCAAGGUGUAAAGAGUUAG